AAGUGUUUGACACCACGCCUCACAUGGGAUGCAACCCACUCCAGGCCUGUUGGCUAACAUCGAUACAGUAGAUAACUAAUGAUACUGAACGUGUUUGUGUCUCCUCACUGCUGUAACAACCUAUUUCAACCUGCGUCAGGAAAUAAUAAGGCUUCACUGAACCAACCAUGUGAAAGGGAGACAGACUGUCCCACAGAAAACCAGGAGGUUUUCAGUUCAUCUACAACAGAAAUUCCAAGCCUCCUGAGACCAGGUGUCACCGAGGUUUUUUUUUUGUCAAGCCAGAUUGAAACAAUCCCCAAAGGAGCCUUUGUUAAAAACCCACAGCUUGAAAAGCUGGAGUUACUGUCCACCACCACGACAUCUAUAGAACCGGGAGCUUUUGAAGGUUUGGUAGACCUCAAGCAUAUUGAGAUCUCAAGCACUCCAUUAACGUGGAUCCCAGUGGGAGUCUUUAAAGACCUCAGCAACCUAGAGAAGAUUAUCCUAAAGUUUAACAAGCUCCGUAGUCUGGAAAAAGGCUUGUUUGAUGGCCUUGACAAAUUAACAGAGCUCCAGUUACAUGGGAACGACAUUGGAUCGAUUGAAGAUGGGACAUUUGAUGGCCUGGAGAACCUCUUGGUGCUUCAUUUGGCUAAAAACAAUCUCUCUGCUGUAUCAACCCACUGGUUUUCAAAUUUGAAUAAACUGCAGACACUACGACUUUACGACAAUCAGCUGACCUCGGUUCCUGAAGACAUUUUCCAGAAUUUGCCAAACUUGAAAGAAAUUGCCUUGCAUGGAAACAAAAUAGCAGAAUUGUCACCUAAUCUAUUUCCACAUAAAGAAAAACUCAAUAAACUGCUUCUGGAGAAUAAUCUUCUUACAGGUUUGCCUGAAGGAUUCUUCGUUGGCUUCCCUCAGCUUAAAACGCUGACCUUACAGAAAAAUAAACUGACAAGUCUACCACCUGCGCUUUUUGGAGAAAUGCCUAAAUUGACAGAUUUGAGCCUCAGUCAAAACAGUCUUAGCACUAUUCCUAAAGGAGUAUUUAGCCCUCUGAAGAAACUCAAGAAGUUAGAUCUGUCUAAAAAUCAGUUUGUAAAGGUGUAUGCUGAGUACUUUGAAGGCCCUGAGAAGCUGGUAGAUCUGAAUCUACAAAACAACAAGAUAAAGUCGCUGGACGCAGAUCUGUUUGAAAAGCUACAAUCGGUGGUCACACUCAGGCUGGCUCACAAUGACCUCCAUACUCUUCCAGAGGAUAUUUUUGAGCCUUUAUUAAAACUGAAGAAACUUUACCUCAGUGACAACCCGUGGCGAUGUGACUGUAAUCUGAUUCCUCUUCACCUCUGGAUAAAAGCAAACUCUGACAAGAUUGUGUCUGCUGCUGUCUGUGAGUAUCCAGAACAUCUAAAAGGGCAGAAUAUUAAAUCAUUAACAGAGGAUCAAUUUAUUUGCCCCCACCCUUCCCCCCACACCACGGCAUUUCCAACUACAGAACCAACAACCAUCGUUACUACCACAACACCAAUUCUAACAACACCUACCACCACUUUUACCAACCACCACUCCCCCCACUAAACUCCCAACGACAGAAAAACUAGCACAACACCAACAACCACCUUU